GAGAACACGAUAGAGACAUGUUUGUAUACAGCUAGCUAACCUAACCCUCGAUCCGAAGCAGCAGCCAUGAAGUUCACCACCACAACCGUUUUCAUGGGAUUCUUGACCAGCCUCGCGGCCGCUCAAGGAGCUCCCGAAGUCACGCCCUGCCCUACCGUCACGCGGACGAUGCAAAACCGUGGCUGCGGCAAGACAUGCCAGUUUACCGACUGUGCUUUUGUCAACACGGUUCGUAACCCAUGUGGAUGUCCGGCAUCGAUACCCACGGCGACUUUGAUCGCCCCUUGCGAGGCCGACUGUCCAUACGGAGGGUGCAACAUCGAAUUCCGGACAAGUUGGCUGACCUGCCCGGCAACCACCACCUCCUCCCGUCGCUGGCCACCAUGGCAAACCCGAACCUCAACCACCACAACCACCUCUUCGCCGCCGCCCAAACCGACCAGCACGAGAACCACCGUGCGUAGCACAAGCACGAGCACGAGCACGAGCACGAGCACGAGCACAUCAACGACAUACACGCAAACCACCAUCAGCUGGAGUAUCAUCACCCUCCCGCCCAAAACCACCAGCAAGCCAGUCUUGUCGACAUCGACGACGCCAUGUCCCACAGUCACCAAGACGACAAGCCCGGCCGACUGCUCGCCAAUUCGCUGUCCUGUGCCGACGUGCCAGGUCCGGUCGACGUUGAACGUGCCGUGCGGAUGUACCGUGAAGACGCUGCUGUACGUUCAAGGGUGUGCCACGACGUGUUCUGAGGGGUGCUUGACACGCACCGAGACGGCCAGCGCGACGGGGUGCUAGACUGCUAGGUGGUCUCGAGGACCAUGGUGUAGGUGUUGGAGCUGGUUUGGAUUGGCUUGGGUUGGGUUGACUUUGAUUUGGGGUU